AUGGGCAAAAAGCGAAAAAGACCCGGCAAGGAGCGCGGUCCCACGUCGUCUCAGGCGAGUAUCACCGCAGCGCCCGGCCGUUUCAAAUCCUCCAAAAACUCCAUUGCACGAAAUAACCCCACAACGCAUCCAGUGAUUUCACUGUACUACCGCCAGGUUUUGACCCUGCGCCAGUACCUCUUGGAUCAAUUACCUAUCUCCUCAAAAUUGCGACGAAGGCGCAUCACGUCCCUGCGAUCGUCACCCGACCGCAGCAAUGUCCAACCAUUGGCAGACCUGCUAGAUUCUACACUUGUAGGCGUACUGAAGGAGCGAUCUCCGAAAAUCGACUCCGAGCGGCAGCGCGUCUAUCGAGAGUUCACCCAGUCUCAAUCGCGGUCGGUCCUCGUCAGCACGGACACGGGGCCGACUUCUCCCCAAUCCGAAGUGGUCGAUUUUGUGAUCGGGCAACUCUUCAAACAGAAUUCUAAACCAGAUCACUUACUCACGCAUGGGUUUCAGCGCUCGUCGAGGGAGAAUGAUGGCCUCGAGACCAAUAUUCCCGGGCUCGUGAUUCAGUUCCAUAAUCAAAACGUUGGCACCCUCCAGCAACCACCAUGGACGGAGGUCUUGGAUCUGUUGGGGCAGAAUGGGGAUGAAAUUAUGAUGCGGCUGUUGUUUGAUUGCGGCAUUUUCGCUCCCAUUGACGCCCAGAAGGGCAUUUACUAUCAGUUAAGCGGCAGAUCGCUUUCGUUUCUCGAGCAGAUCCACGAAUCUUGUGCGAAACCCGGCGAGUCAAUUUCGGAACAAAACCCCGCCGAAAAGACCAAACGACCUGAUCGUCAGAACGAAAUCCGUAGCCCCAACAGCAUUACCUUCCUUCGGCGCAGUAUGCUGUACAGCAGAUAUGCAUCUUUGUCAAACGGGAAGCUUGUCGUUGGAUUAGGCAGGACUCAUGUGUUCAACCGCUUCCGAGACUUGUCCUCGGCCGCUAAGACAAUACACGUGAUGAUGUACAUCUUCCCACGGCAGUUCGGUUUGCGCAAUGUGUUUGUUCCGACAGGAGACCAGAAGGAACAAUUCGUAAGCCAUGGCCAUGCGUUUCGCGAAGAUGAAAUCUUUGAUGGCGAUGGCUGUUCAAAGAUCCCUAAGCGGCUUCGCGGGCAAGCCGUCGAGCUUGCACAUAGCUUUCGAGCCCGUCAUGCUCGUUGCUCAUAUGAAGAAUUAUUAAAGCAUUAUUGUCCCACAGAGUUGAUCGGACCCUGGAAACUAGAAGCCUCGGUAUCCCCUGUCAAAACUCGAGUGUCCGGAAAUGAGCCUGGCUCAUCCAUCGAGGGGAGUUUAAUCACACAGUUGCAGCCCGCAUCUCUCAAGGAUAUAGGCCCCGAGCUAGGUUCUAAGACCAUGGAGCCUUCUAAAUCCUCUGGAGUUGUUAGAAUGCCCUGCGAGAGCCGCGUUAAGAAACCUAAACUUAGCCUCACCGAUUAUGCCACGCCAACGUCCUCUGUCUCUGCUUUUUGUCGAGCCGUGCUAUUAAACUUGAUACCCCCGAAAUUCUUUGGCGAGGGGCCGGAAGGUUCAUUCAAUCGAAAGAUCAUCAUGAAACAUGUUGAUUCCUUCAUCAAAAUGCGUCGAUUCGAAAGUCUCAGUCUGCAUGAAGUUUGCAAAGGAUUGAAGAUUACCAAUAUUCCCUGGUUGGCCUCUCCCAAACUCUAUCACUCGCAAGGUGGAACAAAAGCCAAGCUAUCUUUGUCUGACUUCCAGAAGCGCACGGAGCUCCUUCAUGAAUUCAUGUAUUACAUCUUUGAUUCUAUCCUUAUCCCCCUAGUCCGCGCCAAUUUCUAUGUCACCGAAUCUCAGACCCACCGCAACCGCCUAUUUUACUUCCGUCAUGAUGUAUGGCAACACUUGACAAAGGAGCCUUUGGCGACUCUAAAAACGACCAUCUUUGAAGAAAUCGAAACAUCUCGGGCUCAACGCUUGCUAGAAAAACGAUCUCUCGGAUUUGGAUCAUUGCGCCUACUCCCAAAAACUACAGGCAUCCGCCCCAUCCUCAAUCUGAAAAAACGCGUGGUCAAAGAAUCAAGUUGGGGCGGGAAAAAACGAACUUAUCUUGCAGCCAGCAUUAAUUCCAGUCUGGCACCAAUCUCCAGUAUGCUGUCCUAUGAGCGGAAGCGACAGCCCGCAAAAUUGGGUUCGUCUUUACAAUAUGUCGGGGAUAUUCACCUUCGGUUGAGAGAUUUUAAGAGACACCUGAUUCAACAAUCAGCUGGCACCGACGACAAUAAGUUGCCAAAGCUCUUCUUUGUCAAGCUUGACAUUCAGGGCUGUUUUGAUACCAUCCCUCAGAAACAGCUUCUAGGUCUGAUUGAAGAAUUGGUAUCUGAAGAAACUUACCACAUUACGAAACAUGUGGAGAUGAGUCCAUCUGCCUUUGAUGCGCGAGGAAAACCCACUCGAAGGUAUAUCGGACGUGCUACACCGGCAAUGAAACAGCAGACUUUGUCGAAUUUGGUGGCCAAUCAAGCUCAGGGUGGAAAGACCAAGACUGUCUACAUUGACACCAUUAACCAAAAGCUCCAUGGUGCCGAUGAGUUACUCGGCCUUCUCGACCAACACGUGCGCAAUAAUCUCGUCAAAAUGGGCAAGAAGUACUUUCGCCAGCUUAAUGGUAUCCCACAAGGCUCUGUCUUGUCUAAUUUGUUGUGCAACUUUUUCUAUGGGGAGCUGGAACAACAAGUUUUAGGUUUCUUACGGCCCGCCGACUCGGUCCUUCUACGUCUUGUCGAUGACUUUCUACUGGUCACAACCGAUGUGAACCAAGCGAUGCAGUUCUUGAAGACCAUGAUUCCUGGCCAGCCAUCUUACGGCGUGUUAGUCAACCCAGCCAAAAGUAUGGUCAACUUUACCGCCGCCGUAGACGGGACUCACAUCCCUCGAAUGGAGGGAUCAACGCUCUUCCCGUACUGCGGAAUUCUCAUCAACACACAUACCCUAGAGAUGAUCCGAGACCGAGAUCGUCUUUUGGAAGGCGGCGAUUCGGCUGCUGCGUCCAUCUCCGACACAUUAACAGUCGAGACCAGUCGCGCCCCGGGUCGCGUGUUUCGUCGCAAAGUGCUGGCACCGUUCCGACUUCAGAUACACCCAAUGUAUCUUGAUGAUGGCCAUAAUUCCCAGAGUGUUGUGCUCGCAAAUCUUCACACCAGUUUCAUAACUUCUGCCAUGAAGAUGUACCGAUACAUGAAAUUCCUUCGAGGCCGCAGUCACCCAGCGCCACCUAUCAUAAUCCAGACCAUCCAUGAUCUCAUCCAUCAGACCUCCAAAGUCAUCCAAAUGCGACGCACGUCGCGCUCGACACCCUUGUCGUGUUUUGUCCAAUUGUGGCACCUGCAAUACCUGGCCGCAUCUGCAUUCCGGUUUGUGUUGAACCGUAAGCAAACGCGGUAUGUGGCUGUGCUUCAGUGGCUGGACCAAUUGGGAAAAGAAUCACGACCGAGGUCGAAUGCGGAAGCUAUUUGCCUACAGCAGGUGGUGAAGAGGGGAACGGCAUUAUUUGAACAAUGGCGCUUUUAA